AUGGCAAUCGAGUACUACACGGCUCUGGGAUUCAUAAUCCGAAAUGCAUUGGCCUGCCUGAGCGGGAGAGAUUCAGCUGGGUUCCAGUGGCCGAACAUGAAUACAAACUUGCAACCAAAAGGCACGACAAAUUUUCGCCGGUCUCCGUACACGAAGACCAAGAUGGACACAAAUUCAACUGAAGCACCGUUCACAUAUUGGCUCAAGCGAGAACAAAGAACGAACGUGAACUCAUAG